AUGAUCAGCGAAUUAAUGAAGGCUUUAAUAGUAACGAUAUUCUGUAAAUUUGAACAAUUGGUUGUUUUGAAUUUACAGUGGAAUGCCAUUUCUUACUGGUCGCAAAUUAAUUUUUUGAAAUCGUUGAAAAGCUUAAGAGUUUUACUUUUGGACGGAAAUCAAAUCCGAGGUGUCUUUUAUGCUGGCGGAUUCGAAAAUCUUGAAGUGCUCAGCUUGAAUGAUUGUCUUCUUGAAAGUAAUAAAAUCAGCGAUCUUUCGAAUUUUAUUAGUUUGAAAGAUUUUUCUGUUGCCCGAAACCCAUUUUUAUAUGAGGUUGCUGAUCAAUACGUCGCGAGGAGUAUUCUUAUCGCGGAGAAUCGCAACAUUGUUAAGCUGAACAAUUCAGAAAUCCUUCGGGCACAAAGAAAAGAAGCUGAACUUUUUUAUAUCAAUUUUCUUGCAAAACAAUUUUAUGCCGAUGAAGAAAAUUUCAUGACCAACCAAAAAACCUUUGCUCGACUCGUUGGCCAAUACGGGAAACCAGCAAAUCCUCUAAGAAUUUCUCCCAUGCUCAGCACGAUCGAAGUUUGCUUUACUUAUAAUAACAAAGAUGACGUGAGAAACGUCCCGAGAGGCAUGGAAAUUUCUAAAUUAAAAUUUUUUGUCAAACGAAUUUUUGGUGUACCGCCAAGAAUUCAGAAGCUUAAAUUAUUUGAUCCUGAAGAUGGUCGAAAUUUUGAUCUUGAAGAUGACCAAAAUUUAGAUUCGUUUUCUUUAGGAAACAAAGCAACUAUAAUUGUUGAAUGCGAUUAG